AUGGCUCCCUACUUUUUACUGAAUCUAAUUCCCCGACGCCAGAAGACUGACGAGGAGGCAAGACCGCUCCUAACCGUCCUCGCCGGACUCUCCUGGAUACAAUGGGCGCAUUUCUUUUCAGGAUGGCUUGCAUGGACCUGCGAUGCGAUUGACUUCUUCUCUGUAUCCCUCACCGUCUCUCGAUUGGCUGCUCAAUUCGGCAAGCAAACGACGGAUAUCACCACCGCGAUAACGUUGACGCUUCUCCUGCGAGUCGUUGGCGCCAUCGUCUUCGGAAUCCUUUCUGACCGUUAUGGGCGGAAAUGGCCUCUCGUCUUCAACCUCGUCCUCGUCGCCAUUUUGCAGCUUGGUGCAGGUUUCGUUAACACUUUCGGUCAGUUCCUCGCCGUUCGAUCAUUAUUCGGUAUCGGUAUGGGCGGUAUUUGGGGGAUGGCUGCAAGUACCGCCCUUGAGAAUUUACCCGUCGAGGCGCGUGGCUUGGGCAGUGGCAUUAUGCAGCAGGGUUACGCCGUUGGUUACCUUUUCGCUGCUUGCAUCAACCUCAAGCUCGUUCCCGCAGUUCCGGCCGGAUGGAGAGCGCUAUUUUGGACCGCGUCGGGCAUCAGUAUAUUCGCGGCGGCUGUCAGGGCCGUAUUACCGGAAUCCGAGUUCUUCCUCAAGCAGAAGGCGAGGGAGCAUGGUCAGACGGAUAGCUUAGAGAAGACGAAGACGUUUAUGAGGGAGACUGGGAGAAUGGUGAAAACGCAUUGGUUGCUCUGCAUCUACGCACUGCUCUUCAUGACUGGAUUCAAUUUCCUAUCGCACGGCUCGCAAGACUUGUAUCCCACGUAUCUGCAAGAUUCGAAAGGUAUCAGCGGAAACAAUGCUACCAUUGCAACAAUCAUAGGAAAUUGUGGCGCAAUCGCUGGAGGCGCACUAGCAGGCUUCGUUUCUCAGUACAUCGGCCGGCGAUUAACCAUCGUCCUCUUCGUUCUUCUCGUUGGCUGCUUCAUUCCUCUCUGGAUCAUUCCCAGCAGCUUUGGUGCCCUUGCUGCCGGGGCCUUCUGCAUCCAAUUCGGUGUACAAGGUGCCUGGGGUGUCGUACCAAUCCAACUUUCCGAGAUGUCACCGCCUGCAUUCCGUGCCACGUUCCCUGGCGUCGCCUACCAGCUCGGUAACAUGGUAUCAUCUGCCAGCGCUCAGAUAGAGGCCACCGGAGCAGCUCACCAGCGCACGACUAUCACACACGCGGACGGUACGACAGAGAAUGUGCCCGAUUACGCAAAAGUGCAGGGAAUUCUCAUUGGAUGUGUCGCAGCGUUCUUGAUCGUUGUGACGAUACUGGGGCCUGAGAACCAUGGGUCGCACUUCGAGAAGCAUAAAACGGCGUUCGAGGAGGGCGGUGGAGAUGACAAUGCUGUGGUGGAUGACGAUGAUCACAGACGCGCAGGUCCACGGAAUAUACGAGAUUCGGCAAGUAUAAAUGAAAAGGCGUCGGACCAGCAAAAGGAGUCGAUGAAUGUUUGA